AUGGGUCUUGUCUUGGCACUGGGACUCUCAGGUUGCACCACGGGUGCUAUUAUAGGAACAACUUUCGGUAUCGCAGGAACAGCCACCGCAAUUGGAACAACUGCGGUAGUAGCUUCUGAUCGCCGUCCGAUUCAAAUUCAAUUCAAAGAUCGCCAAACGUCUAAUCAGAUUCAAAGAGCAGUCAACAGAGAAUUUCCUCACUCACACAUUGAUUUAAUCGUUUAUAAUCAACGUCUUUUAUUGACUGGAGAAACCCCCGGUUCUGCUGAACGCAAAGCCAUUGAAUUGUUUGUCAAAAAGAACUCAGGAGAGCAUAUCAAGAAAGUGAUUAAUCAAAUUGCGAUCGGGGACAAUGCGUCUUCUAAUCAAAAUGCCAAAGAUGGAUGGAUUACAACAAAAGUACGUACCCACUUUACAACUAACCUCAAAAUCCCAGAAAACUCCAUUCAAAUUGUCACUUCUCGCAAUGAAGUUUAUCUCAUGGGACUCGUCACCUCAGACGAGGCAGAUAGAGCAGCAAAAGUGGCUUCAAAAGUUCGUGGGGUGACACGGGUUAUCAAAGUAUUUGAAGAAUACGUUCCAAAACACAAAAACCCUUAA